AUGACGCUUACUAAAUAUGAAAUGCUUGGUAGUAAUGAAAGUAAAUAUAUUAGGGAAGUAUGGGCAGAAAAUUUGGAAGAGGAGAUGGCUUAUCUUCGUGAUCUAGUUGAAGAUUAUUCUUAUCUUGCAAUGGAUACUGAAUUUCCUGGUGUAGUGGCACGACCAGUUGGCAGCUUUCGUUCUAGCUCAGAUUACCAUUACCAAACACUUCGAUGUAAUGUUGAUUUAUUAAAAAUAAUUCAAUUAGGCAUCACAUUUGCAGAUGAGAACGGAAAAUUACCACAAGAUAUUUGUACAUGGCAAUUCAACUUUAAAUUCAAUUUGAUAGGUGACAUGUAUGCCCAGGAUUCAAUUGAUCUAUUAACAAAAUCAGGUAUUGAUUUUAAGAAACAUGAGGAUUAUGGCAUAGACGUAGAAAAUUUUGGUGAACUAUUAAUUAGUUCAGGAUUUGUACUAUUUGAUGAUGUGAAAUGGAUAUCUUUUCACAGUGGUUAUGACUUUGGAUAUUUACUCAAAGUGCUUACUUGUUCACCUCUGCCACCUGAAGAAAACGAUUUUUUUGAUCUUUUAAAAACAUACUUUCCAUGUAUAUAUGAUAUAAAAUAUCUUAUGAAAAGCCAUAAAAAUCUUAAAGGUGGAUUGCAGGAUAUUGCUGAUGAUUUACAGGUGGAAAGAAUUGGACCUCAACAUCAGGCUGGUAGUGACAGUCUCUUGACAGCGGCAACCUUCUUCAAGAUGCGACAAACCUUUUUUAAUGAUAAGAUUGAUGAUAAAUACUUAGGAACGCUUAUUUCCAUAGAUUUUGGUCAUGCGUUUGGGUCAGCAACUGAAACGUUGGAGAUUCCUGAAUUAGUUCCAUUUCGUUUGACUAAACAAUUGGAAUCUUUAAUGCAACCACUCGGAUCACGUGGUUUGCUAGAGUAUCCUAUGAUCAAAAUAAUGCAAAUAAUGCAUUUGAACAAGGAGGUCUUGCUUAACGUGAUGGAAAUAUUUGUAAAAGAACCAUUACUAGAUUGGCUAACCCGUGCAAAAAACUUAGCAAAACAACAAAGUCUUAUUUGUGAAGAAUUGGCAGUUAGCCAUUCCCACAAACCAUUCUUUUCUAGCCUCGAAAGGAUAGCAAAAGGUGAUCCAGAUCACAAUAUAAGAGCACGUAUACCAACAACAUGUUGCGACAUCAAGCAACAAAUCGAAUGCUUGAUGGAUCUUGCAACCGAUGAUGUUGUGCUAAAUUGUAUGUGGGUUGGAUGGACUGCAAUAAAUACAAGAACACAAACUACUGGAUCAUUAAAUAAUCAAGUUUCAAGAUUACCUGUUAUUAACUUUGGAACCCAGAUAUUAUUCAAAAAUACCAAAACAAAUGAACAAGAAUCAUCAAAUGAUUCAGCCACAAUCUCAGUUGAUACAAAUUUAGAUCAAGAUGAAGAACAGCAAGUUGAAGAAGAUAAUAAAAAUCAAUCACAAAUAGAUGAUGAUAAAAAUGUGAAGGAGAAGGAGAAGGAUAGUGAUGAUGAAUGUAUAAUUUGGGAUGAAAAAAAUAACUAUGUCAUAGAAAAUCAUGACGAUGAUGAUGUUCAAGUCAUAGCACAUGCAUCAACUUCUACAUCAGCUAUUGAUAAUAACAAUCACCUUAAUAAAUCUAAUGAAUUGAAAAAAUAA